AUGAGGAUUUCUGGCGUCCGGCGUCCGGAUCAAGGAAACGAGAGGACAACAAGCCUUUUCGGCCAGUCCCCAUACAGACGCCGGGGGAUGGGACGGGAUUGCGAGCAGAGGCGAAAACAGCGUGGCUGCAGAAGCAAGCUGCCCACAGAAUGCCGAGAAAAUAUGCCCAACCGAGCGAUUGGAGAUUUUCCCACGCGCACGGUUAAAGGUACAGAGAGCGACGUACAGGAGCGAGGACACAUAAAAGAUUGGGGAAGCCAUUUGUUGUCGUGCCAACUGGUCUGUCUACCACUUAACGGAUGCGUCCGUCGUCAUGGUUUUCGGAUGCCCUCGACUCGGCGCAUCUCUAUCCGGUCUGUCAAGGCGUCAGAUACAAUCGGGCGAACGCAGGAAUGGGCUGUAGAUUGUCUGAAGGCAAUUCACGCCAGCCGACAGCUGGUGACGGAGGCGAUGCCUCCGCCUACACGAAGCAGCGAAUGUGACUGGCCCGGGCACAUGUGCACAUGCAGAUCUGUGUCGAGGAGGAGGGGUUGUGGGGUUGUGGGGUUGCGGAGUUGCGAGGGCCGGGAAUGGCGACCUGAGAUUUAA